UCGCCCACUGCGGCUGCGGGCACCGGAUACCGUGCUCCAGGCUGGCCGGGGAUGCGAGCUGCUCCCGCGACGGCAUGGCAGCCUCAGGGUGGGGCCGAGGAUGCGACAUUCUCAUCUUCUACAGCCAAGAUGCGGAGGAAUGGUGCCAGUACUUACAGGACCUUUUCAUAUCCUGCCAUCAGGUCCGCAGCCAGAAGAUGCGGACAUACCGGCUGGGUCCGGAUACCUCCUUCUCUGCCCAGGACCUGUGGGUGUUCCGGGAUGCACGGUGCAUGCUGGUGCUACUGUCUGCGGGGCUGGUGGAAUGUUUCUGCCAGCCAGGACUGCUGCCGGUGCUGCAGCGCGCCUUCCACCCUCCGCAGCGGGUGGUGCGGCUGCUGUGCGGAGUGCAGUCAGAGGAUGAGGACUUUGAGACCUUCUUUCCGGAGUGGGCGCAUUGGCAGGAGCUCACCUGUGAUGAUGAGCCGGAGACCUACCUGGCGGCUGUGAGAAAAGUCAUUUCUGAAGAUUCUGGCUGUGAUUCAGUAACUGACACGGAGCCCGAGGACGAGAGAGCUCUUCCUCUCUCAAAGCAGACAAACCUGCCUCUGGAGACGUCGCCUGGGAACCUGAUGGUGGUGCAGCCGGACCGCAUUCGCUGUGGGGCAGAAACCACCGUGUACGUCAUCGUGAGAUGCAAGCUGGAUGAGAAGGUGUCGACAGAGGCAGAGUUUUCCCCUGAGGACUCCCCCUCCGUCCGGGUGGAGGGCACGCUGGAGAAUGAGUACACGGUUUCGGUGAAGGCUCCAGACCUCUCCUCUGGCAAUGUUUGUCUGAAGGUCUAUUCUGGGGACUUGGUGGUAUGUGAAACCACCAUCAGCUAUUAUACUGACAUGGAGGAAAUUGGGAACUUACUGUCCAGUGCUGCAAACCCUGUGGAGUUCAUGUGUCAGGCCUUUAAAAUUGUACCCUACAACACAGAGACUCUUGAUAAACUGCUCACAGAGUCCCUGAAGAACAACAUCCCUGCAAGUGGACUGCAUCUCUUUGGAAUCAACCAACUGGAAGAAGAAGAUAUGAUGACAAAUCAGAGGGAUGAAGAGCUGCCCACCCUAUUGCAUUUUGCUGCAAAGUAUGGAUUGAAGAACCUUACGGCCCUGUUACUCACCUGUCCAGGGGCUCUCCAGGCAUAUAGUGUGGCCAACAGGCAUGGCCACUAUCCCAACACCAUUGCCGAGAAACACGGCUUCAGGGACCUGCGCCAGUUCAUCGACGAGUAUGUGGAGACAGUGGACAUGCUGAAGAGUCACAUUAAAGAGGAGCUGAUGCAUGGCGAGGAGGCUGACGACGUGUACGAGUCCAUGGCCCACCUGUCCACAGACCUGCUCAUGAAAUGUUCCCUCAACCCUGGCUGUGACGAGGAGCUGUAUGAGUCCAUGGCUGCCUUUGCCCCAGCAGCCACAGAAGACCUCUAUGUUGAAAUGCUUCAGGCCAGUGCAGGUAACCCAGGCUCUAGAGAAAGCCUCUCUCGGCCCACCAAGGACUCAAUGAUCCGCAAGUUCCUAGAAGGUAACAGCGUGAAACCAGCCAGUUUGGUGAGAGAGCAGUACCAUGCCCACCAGGAGGAUAUUUAUCACACUGUGGAUGAAGAUGAGACCUUUUCUGUGGACCUGGCCAACAGGCCUCCUGUCCCCGUGCCCAGGCCAGAGGCCAGUGCUCCUGGCCCUCACCCACUGCCCGACAACAAGCCAUACAUUUCUAAAGUUUUUGCAGAAAAAAGUCAGGAGCGACCUGGGAAUUUCUAUGUUUCUUCGGAGAACAUCAGAGAAGAGGCACCUGUGAGGCCAUGGAGGGACAGGCCCCCGUCGAGCAUCUAUGACCCAUUUGCUGGGAUGAAAACACCAGGCCAGCGGCAGCUCAUCACCCUGCAGGAGCAGGUGAAGCUAGGCAUCGUCAAUGUGGAUGAGGCCGUACUGCACUUUAAAGAGUGGCAACUCAACCAGAAGAAACGAUCAGAGUCCUUCCGCUUCCAGCAGGAAAAUCUUAAAAGACUAAGAGACAGCAUCACCCGAAGACAGAGAGAGAAGCAAAAAAUGGGAAAGCAUUCAGAUCUGGAGAUCACAGUCCCAAUUCGGCAUUCACAGCACCUGCCUGGAAAAGUGGAGUUUGGAGUGUAUGAGAGCGGCCCCAGGAAGAGUGUGUUUCCCCCGAGGACGGAGCUGAGACGUGGAGACUGGAAAACCGACAGCACAUCAAGCACAGCAAGCAGCGCGAGUAACCGAUCCAGUACACGGAGUCUCCUCAGCGUGAGCAGUGGCAUGGAGGGCGACAAUGAGGAUAAUGAAGUCCCUGAAAUUACUCGAAGUCGUAGCCCAGGUCCUACCCAAGUGGACGGAGCACCAGUUGUGACCCUUGAGAGACCCCCCAGGGUGCCUCCUCGAGCCGCUUCACAGAGGCCUCUAACCCGGGAGCCUUUCCAUCCUCCUCCACCAGUUCCCCCCAGAGGUCGCUGAUUCCCUCUCCUGAAUCAAGCCUACUACAGACUUUUAAGACUUGUGGUUUGCCGCCUGUUGCCGAAGUCUUCACAUUGACUAUUCUGCAUGACUGCGGACCUUGAGAUUCACCAUCACUGCUGAUGUUGCAGCCCCGCUGCUUUGGGUGUCCCUCAAAGACAUUAAGGCGCGUUGGAAUCUGAGACUAAGGACCUUGUUCAACAUCGCCGAGUGUAUUGUGUCACAUUCUUGGUUGCCAAAAGGAUGAAGACUCUAUCAAAAUACUUACCUCUCGUGUCCUAUAGCAGGAGCCAAACAGGGUUGACGGAAAAGUACUUAACAAGCGAGUGUCCUGCAGUAAACAUGGAUUCAUUACUACACACCUGCUAGUUUCUAGAAGUGGUGGUAGAGUUUCCAGCAGAAGUGGCCUAACUUUGAAGCAGUUCUACAUUUCUAUGUGUGUGCUGGGGCUGGUCACAUACAAAACACUGUCAAUG